AUGGCCCUCUCGCCCAAAGUCUAUACUUGGCUCUGUGGGUGCUUCGCAGCACUCGGAAGUAUCCUUUUCGGAUACGACUUGGGUAUCAUCGCCAGCGUGUUGCCGUCAGAAACAUUUCUCGACGUCGUUGGACACCCUUCGGACAAUGAAAUCGGUCUCAUCACCAGUCUCUUCCUCCUGGGAGCUUUCUUUGGGUCAGCACCUUCUGGUGUAAUUGCCGAUUCGAUAGGACGGCGCAAAGCAAUCGUCGUUGGUUGCAUCAUAUUCAUCAUUGGUGGUUGUCUACAAACCGCCGCAGUGAACCUAGGCAUGAUGAUGGCUGGUCGAUUCUUGGCUGGAUGGGGUGUGGGACAACUUGCUCACUUGGCUCCUCUGUUCCAAUCCGAAAUUGCUCAUAGCUCUAUUCGUGGGCGUUUGACCACGCUUCAACAAUUUUUCCUCGGAAUCGGCGCAUUCAUUGCCUCGUUUAUUGGAUAUGGGUGCUAUAACCGCCUACAGGGAACUCAGGCCCAAUGGAGGCUACCUUUGGGUUUGCAGCUCUUCCCUGCUGUACCUUUGGCAUUGCUCAUCCAUGCUUUCCCGGAGAGCCCUCGUUGGUUGGCUAUGAAAGGCCGCCACGAUGAUGCAUUGAAGACCCUCGCACGACUUCACGCCAAUGGAAAUACCUCUGACAUUUUCGUGCAAACAGAACUGGCGGAUAUCGAGGCUAGCAUCGAGAAGGAAAGGGAAGAGAGCAGGAAUGCUUGGAGCCUGCUGUUCUUCGAACCUAGUAACCGCCGACGCCUUCUCUUGGGUGUUAUCCUUCAGUUCAGUGUCCAGAUGACUGGUGUUUCAGCUAUCCAGUAUUACGCACCUGCUAUCUUCGAAGAGGUUGGAUUUGAUGCAGGACAAACCUUACUGUUCCAGAGCAUUAACUCUAUCAUCGCAUUAUUUGGGGAGGCAGCCUGUGUUCUACUGGUUGACAGACUCGGUCGUCGGUGGCCCCUAAUUAUCGCCAACGCGUUCUCUUCUUCGACGUUUGUGAUCGGAACGGCUAUCAUCGCCAUUUACCCGGCUGACCCAAAUAAUCCGAGCGGAAAUAAGAGCGCACAUUAUGCCUUUGUUGUCAUGACCUGGCUUUUCAACUUUGCGUUUUCUUCGGCCAUCGGUCCUAUUAGCUGGGCAUAUCCUGUCGAGAUUUUCGGCUCCGCCACACGCGCUCGUGGGACAGCAAUCACAUCUAUGGCUGCAUGGAUUGCAAACUUUAUGAUUGCACAAGUUACGCCCCAUGCAUUCAGUAACAUCGGCUGGAAAUACUAUUUGGUGUUUGCUAUCUGCGGCUACACCAACGCCCUCACUUUCUGGGCUCUCUUCCCCGAAACCAAGGGUCGGAAACUCGAAGAAAUGGACGACUUUUUCCAGCAUUCUAGCUGGUUCGUUCCGACUGCCAAGUUCACCCCAAUUUCGGCGACUCAACGGGAAAACGAAAUGCGGGCUGGCAAUACAUUUGGGGGCGAAGAUGUUGUUGACUCGGAUUCCAAGGAACGUAUUGACAGGACCGGAGGUUUUCUAUACCAUGAAUUGAGUAUGACGGUUGAUUACGUUACCAUGCCUUUCAGCCCUAAUAAUACCCACUCUGGAUCCAUCAUGGAGUCCAAGGACCGCCGUGCUAUGCACUCGGAUCGUCAACACGCACUCCACGCCAACGAUCGUCGGAAGUCCAAGUCUGUACGAGCGCCCAAGUCGCACGGUGGCUCGAGACCCGGGAGCCACAUUGCGCAAACGGACGAUUCAGACGACUAUGUAGACUACACUACAUGCGUCCACGAUAUACUCAACUCUUACGAUUGGGAGCCUGAAACCGGAGCGAAUGUCAAUAAUAACCACCGUUCACCCAGGAAUACUCAAAUCUCAUUGGCUGAGAUAAUACAAAUCAAGCCCGGCCGCAAGAAGAAAGUUCCAGAGGGUGACUUUGAGAUGGUGCCUCGGCCGGGCAAAGUGCUCGUGCUAGACGAGGAGAACGACGAGUGGGAGAAUAUCUCGAUGGGUGUGCUUCGUGACGAGAGUAACGUGGCGCAGCUCGGAUUCCCACCCCUCUCGUAUGCCGCGGCUCUCUCGCGUCGCUGA